GGGUGGGCGGGGCGAUGGAGCUGGGGCGGAGAGCGCUGCGCUGGGGCCGGCCUGGGGGCGGGCGGUGUGCGGGAUCCCCCCGCGCGCUCCUCUCCCUCGUCUCCGUCCGCGCCCUCCGCCUGCCGCCCGCCGCCAUGGCCCCCCUCAAGGUGGGCGAUAAACUGCCCUCGGUAGAGUUGUUCGAGGAAAAUCCCGGGAACAAGGUCAACCUGGAGGAGUUGUUCAAGGGCAAGAAAGGAGUCCUGUUUGGGGUUCCCGGGGCCUUCACGCCGGGCUGCUCCAAGACCCACCUGCCGGGGAUCGUGGAGCAGGCCGGGGCCCUGCGGGCCAAGGGGGCCGAGGUCGUCGCCUGCCUGAGCGUCAACGACGUCUUCGUGGUCAGCGAGUGGGGCCGGGCGAACGGGGCCGAGGGCAAGGUGCGGCUCUUGGCGGAUCCCACCGGGGCCUUUGGGAAGGCGACGGAAUUGCUCCUGGAUGAUUCCCUGGUGCCGCUGUUUGGGAAUCGGCGCUCCAAGAGGUUCUCGAUGGUGGUGCAGGAUGGCGUGGUGAAGAGCCUCAACGUGGAGCCAGACGGCACAGGGCUCAGCUGCAGCCUUGCCCCCAACUUACUGUCCCAGCUGUGAGGCUCCCCCCCUCCCCCGUCCCCGAUCCCCCCGCACCCUCCCCCGCCCAACCCCGCUUCUCUUCUGGCCCAGGUACCGCACUGCCCGGGCCUUCUGCAAUAAACAGUCGGAGCCCCCA